AUGGCGGACCGACGAAGACGGCGAGGUUCGCUUGAAAAUGAGAAUAAUGAUUCAAACCCUGUUGUUAGAAAAUCCGAAUGUUCUAAAAUGGAGAUUAUUUUUAUAGUUAAUUUCUGGAAGUUUAGUGAAUACAGUAUGGAAAGUGAACAUGGAGAUGAAGAACAGGCUGAAUUAUCAGAGUAUGAAAGUGCAGAUGAAGAAAAACAAGGCAAGGAAGAGGAAACAGAAAGUGAAGAAGAAACAGAGACUGAAACUGAAUCUGAAGAAGAAGAUGAUGAUGAUGAUGAUGGCCAAGAAAUAGAUGUUGUUAUUGAAGAUGAUGAGUGGGUUGAUGAAGAAAGACAAAGUGGAGAUGGCGAGGAACAACCAGAUUCUCGAGAUGUUGAUGAUGAUGAAGACAGAAAAAACCCAGCUUUUGUACCCAGAAAGGGUGCUUUUUAUGAGCAUGAUUUACGAUUAGGUGAUGCGAAGCCACCAAAAGAAGAAGAUGGAGAAAGACCUAAAAAGAAGUUAUGGAAAGAUGAUGGUAAAUGGUUACAUGAUGGUUACAAUGAAGCUCUUCAAGGUCCGAAAUCAACUGAAGAACUUGUAGAUAUAUAUGGUUAUGAUGUUAGAGCUGGUAGUCAUCCACCAGAAUAUAGACCCCGGCCUCGUAGAGGAGGUACGGGGAGAGGAAGAAGGCAAAACCAUAAGCUCGGUGAUUUUGUACCAUCUGAGCGGUCUGGUGGAAAUUCAGACAGAGAUUAUCAGAGAUCUAAAUCAGAGGAGACUGAGUACAUACCCAUGGAAUACAGGAGUCCUCAAUCUUACAGGGCGACUGACACAAAUGACUCCAGACCCUCGAAAUCUCAGUCAUAUAAUAAUAAUCGCCACAGAGACAGAACUUAUAAUGAUAAUAAUCAGGAUAACAGAUACAAAGGAGAUAACUAUCAAUCUGAUUAUUCCAAUAAGAGAGACAACUCUUUUUCCCACAGAAACAAGGGUGACAAUUCCUAUCGUAAAAGUGAUAAUUAUAUUGAUUAUAGAAACAAAGGAGAUAAUCAAGGUGAAUAUGAAAAUAGAGACAAUACUUCAAAUUACCGUAAGAAAGAUAAUAAUUACCAGUCUGAUCAUAAAAACAGGGGAAAUGAUUACCAGUCUAACUAUAGGAAUAAGGGAGACAAUUAUCAAUCUAAUUAUGAUAAAUCUCAAGAUUUCCGAAAUGCCCCGAAUAAUCAAGGCCAGUAUAACAAUUAUAACGAUCAAGGUGAUUAUCAUGACAACUAUAGAGGUCGUGGAAGGAGAGGUCGUGGUGUUGGACGAGGACGAGGUCAAAGAAGACAUGAUCAGGAAGAGAACAAUUCUGGAUCUGUUAAUGUGCCAAGGCAGUUCACUAACUCUAGUUACAAGUCUCCUGAAAAUGGUGACCAGACUCAUUUUGAAGCUAAUGAUGGAGCAGAUAUCAACAUCUCAAAUAAAGAGAAUGUUCAGACCAUCAGUGUGACAAUCACCAAUAAAACAACAGAGAAAGCAUAUGAAAGUGAAACUAGAAGGAUGAAAUAUGUUGGCGGUAAACCAUAUAUACAGGAAGAGAUUAGGAAUGCUGUUGAGAAAGAAAAUAUGGCAGUCAUUAGUCCUCCAAUUACAUCAAACUCUUCGGCUGAAAUGGAGAAAUCUGGUCAAGUUGUCAACAAAGCUGGUAAAAUUCAUCAAUCUACAGGAGGUAGUAUUAAAGCAGACAAUAGUUUACAGGGUCGACCUAAACGAUAUUCCUCACAACGUCAACGUACAGUCCCUGAUAAUACUUAUAAUAAACAACAAGUUGCUGACUCUUCUGCAUAUUAUAAUCAAGCAUCAGCAUAUCCCAACAAUCAAUAUUAUCCUGGUGACUCACAAUCAACAACAUCAGGUCCUGACUCACCUGCAGGUUAUCAACAUCAACAACAACCAAUAUUACCAGUACAACCAUCUAUACCUUAUCCUCAUCCAGUGUCCUCAGCACCGAGAAUGUAUUCACCUGCCCCACCAGCGAUCGCUACACCAGUAAUAACACCUAAUGUCUCCUUACCAACCCCUCAUCCUACGAUGAUUCCUCCACCAAACUACCUGGGACAGGGGCCAGUUAUAUAUGGUGCUGCACCCCCGGGGAUCAACCCACCACCUGCUUUUCCUGUUCCUCUAGGCUACACUGGACCUAAUCCUCCUCAGCAAAUUCAGUCACCUCCAUCACAACAACCAGAGGUAUACAGGGGAGGAACCAUUUAUUAUCCACCAGAGCUUCAACAGACCAACCCACAUCGGUCUCCAGUUAGACGUACUAAAUCAGCUAUACCUAUAGUCAAGCCACAGGAGAAAAAGGAUGGAGCUGGUACACAAAGUGAAGUAGAGUAUAUAAGAGAUGAUGAACAAUCUGUAUCUGAUGAUGUUCCGUUACCAGUAGAAGACACAGAAGUCUUUAAAAAAGAGCUCAGUGAGAUUUCAUCUGCUCUUAUCAGUCUAGAGGGCGAACUUCGUGCUGGAAGUACUAAGGUACGGCAAAAAGAGGAAGACCUGAAAAAUUUAGACUUGCAGAAAAAGUUAGAUUCCUAUCUGCAAAGUGAGGAAUCAACAGUGAAUGUACCUAAAGAACAUCUUAAAUCUGGUGCAUCCCAAACCAUAGAAGAUAUAAACCUGAAUUCCCAAACAGAGGGUGAAUCAUUCAAUGUAGCGCAAAAAGGUGAUGCUUUAGAUUUAGGCUCCAUUAAGACUGAAAUAGAUGCAAUUAAAACUGAAAGUGUUCAAAGUGUUAGUGGGUCAAAUACAGACCAGACAGAGAAAAAUACAUUAAAAGACUUGCCAAGUGAAAUUAGUGAUGCUAAGCAUAUUGUGAAUGAUAACUCCCCAAGUGACACCACUGUGAAAGAAAGUGUAGGGAAUGUAAGCAGCCCUCUGGCUAGUGAAUAUGGUGGUUUAGUAGAUACCAAGUCAGACAUUGAAACUAAAACAGAAACUUCAACAGAUAAAAGUUCACCUAUUGAUAAUUAA